AUGCCAGAAUCCCCUAAGAAAUCGCGUCGAAAGACCAAAAGUCGUUCGCCCGCCCAGCGAUCGCACAACGGAACGGCGAACAGCAAGCGUUCGGCCGCUCCCCAUCCCACCACGACCACGCCCACUGUCGCCAAACGCAUCCGCGUCUAUCGGAACGGGGAUCGCUAUCACAAAGGCAUCGUCAUUGUCCUCAACAUCCGCCAUAUUCACGACAUCAACGCGCUGUUGGAUGCGAUCUCCGAGCGAGUCGGAUUGGUGGGCGGCGCCAAGCGAUUGUACACCCUAAAUGGAGUGCCGGUGAGGACGACGCAGGAGCUGGAGAAUAAUAAAGAAUAUGUUGCGAGCUCGGGCGGGUUCUUGGCCCUUCCGUAUGGCCAAGCCUAUCGCAAUGAGCAGAGUGCGAGGUUGCCGAGAAAAGAGUAUUCUGGAAUGAGUCUGGCCUCGAGGUAGGAACGAAAAUGAUUUUUUUUUGCACAGUGCGACAAAUCUUGAAUUUAAUUUUUUCAAUCAUUUUAAUUUUUUUUUUGCUUUACACAGUGCUAAUUUCAAAUUUAAAAAAUGAUUUUUUUUGCAUAGCGCGAUAAAUUUUGAAUUUAAUUUUUUCAAUUAUAUUUUAAAUUUUUUUUGCUUUGCACAGUGCUAAUUUCAAAUUUAAAAAAUGAUUUUUUUUUUGCAUAGCGCGAUAAACCUUGAAUUUGAUUUUUUCAAAUAUUUUAAUUUUUUUUGCUUUGCACAGUGCUAAUUUCAUAUUUUUCCGUCAUUUUAAAGCUUGCACGGUGCAAUAAUAAAAUUUUUUUUGCACAGUGCAAAAAACUUCGAAUUUAAUUUUAUCAAUUUUUGCCUGAAAAUUAAAUUAAUUUUUUUUGCUUUGCACAGUGCAAAUAAAAUUUUUUUUGGUAAACUGCACAGUGCAAUCAAAAAAAAAAAUAUUUUUUCUGCACUGUGCAAAAAUAAAAUUAUUUUUUUUGAAGCGCACAGUGCGAUAAAAAAUUUAUUUUUCGCGCACAGUGCAAAAAUGAGUAUAUAAUUUGACCGCACUGUGCGUUCCGAAAAAAAAUUUUAAUUGCACAGUGCGCUCGAUAAAAAAUAAUUUUAUUUUUGCACAGUGCAGAAAAAAUAUUUUUUUUUUGGAUUUCAUUGGAACACAUUUUUUAUGCACUGUGUAAAGAAAAAAUAACGAAUUGCAUUACGCAACAUUGUUUUUCGAAAAUUUUGAAAUGCACCCUGGAAUAAUAAAAAAAUUUUGAUUUCGGCUUGCACUGUGCAAAAACAUUUUUUUUUUAUUUUGCUUUGCACAGUGCAACAAGCUUUAUUUUUUCACUACCUUAAUAAAAUUAAUUUUUUUUUAUUUUGCGCUGCAAAAAAAUAAAUUUUUGUGCACAGUGCGAAAUUAAAAAAAAUCAAACAUUUCUGUUUCUGCACUGUGCAAAAAGCAUUUUCUUUUUAACAAGGAAAGUACUUUUAUGGGAGCUCCUACUUUUUGACGGGACACAAAAAAUCAGAAAAAAUGUGCUGAUCAAGGAUACAUAGAUCUUAGCUGCCCAUUUUAGGUUUUUAGGGGUGAAAACUCGAUCGGAAGUUGACUUAAAGUCCUAUAUGAAUUCCUUUUCGCUUAAUUUUUCACAGGUUUACAAUUUUUAUUUUGGCUUAAAAUGAUGAUUAUUGAGUUUCUAAGACGUAAUAAAUCAGUCUUGGCCCAAAAAUUUAUUUUUCCGACCUUCAAAUUCAAAAAAAGUUGAUUCAGCCCAAAAGGUAUAUCGAACCCGUGCGGCGUCCUCCCUCUUGAAUCCCAGACUACGGCACUAACCACUCGGCCACACCACUCUCUUCCGAAAGAAGAGACCGACUGCGCUUUUUAUCGUUUCGAAUGCCUGCGCUUUUUGUAGGGAAAUUAAGCCAGUUUUUGGGCAUUUCCACACAUAAAAACCUAGAAUGGGCAGCUAAGAUUUAUAUAUUCUUGAUCAGGACAUUUUUUCUGAUUUUUUGAGAUAUGUCCCGUCAAAAAGUAGGAGCCCCCAUAAAAGUACUUUCCUUUUGAGUCAAAAAAAUUCACUUUUUUCAGAUCCUCCAAGUCCAGCCUCCCUGGACGUUUAUCUCGCUCCACCAGCGAGCUGAAAUCGACUUCCCGCGACGUUACAGUCCAAAGUGUUUCCACGGUGGGCGAGGGCCGCAAGUCUCCGGAGAAACGGAGCCGCAGCCUCACGACCAGGAAGCCGCUGGAACGAAAACCCCGACCAAAAACCAAGGAGACGGAAAUUAGUGUGGAAGGGAAGCAGAAAAAGUUACAGUAAGAAAAAUAAUUUUUUUUGUGAAACUUUUGUUUUUAGUAAAAAAGCCGCCGACGCCAAGCCAACCGAGACUCCGAAGAAGAAAAAGAAGGUCGUGAAGAAGGUGAAAAAGGUCAAAAAAGAGGAGCCAAAGGGUAAGAGACAUCAUAUUUUGAGAAAAAAAAAUUUUGGAAAUUUUGCACUGUGCAACAAAAAUUUUUGCUAAUUAUGGUUCAGAAAUGAAAUUUAAAAAUGAAAAAGUUUAAUAAGCAGCAGUAUUACAAGUGAUAGCAGAGUUUUAAAUAGUGUGGUAACAUUUUUCUUCGUUGCACAGUGCGAAAUACCCAAAUUUUUAAUUUCGCACUGUGCAGCCCAAAAUUUUGGUAAAUUUAUCAACUUACUAGGGAAGUGUACAAACGAACCCUCACCAAAUGGCAAGUGUUAUACACCAUUGGAAAGCCCUUGAAAAAUGGUGAAAGGUACCAUUUUCAUUUUUUGCAGAAUGCCUCAGGGCAAAAAAUUAUAAACGGUUGAUUUGUCCCUUAAGUAGUUACAAUAUCUUCUAUUAGGCAAAAUAAAUGUUAUUUCAAAACGCUAAAUGGUACGUAUUACCAUUAGGUUGGCCUAAGAAUCAUUAUGAAGUCUGGCGCUUGCCAAUAAAACCAUUUUACAUAUGAUAUUUACUGGUUUUAAAUACCCAUAAGGUGAAAAAACACUUUUCACUUUUUUUAAUCUUGAAAAACAUGUAAAUUUGAUGGUUUUUACCGUAAUCGAUCGUCUCCCAGAAAAAUUAAAACGUUUGUAAAAGUUUAACGCAAAUAUUUACCUAACUGUAAGAACGCAAAAAUGAUUUUGCCCAAGCUGGGAACCGAACCCGGCUUGCUUUGGCUUAUCAGCCUGCUCGGCAACCACUGCACUAUUGAAGCAACCCUGCCCGAGGAUUUUUUCCUGCCCAAGAGAAAGAAAGAUUUUUGUUGCAGAAUGACCUAAAAAUAAUAUAAUUUACAGUAUGUUGUCGCGGAAAGUCAUUCUGCAAAAAAUGAAAAUGGUGUCUUCUACCAUUUUUCAAGGGCUCUUCAAUGACGUAUGUCACUUAUCAUUUGGUGAGGGUUCGUUUGUACACUUCCCUAGUUAGAAGUGACUUAGAAAAAAAUUUAUGGUAAUCUACAAUGCUGCUAAUGCAAGCACAUAUCGGAAAAAAAUUGAAAUUUUUCUCCUUUGCACAGUGCGAAAUACACAGAUUUUUAAUUUUGCACUGUGCAGCUCAAAGUUGAGGUAAAUUUAUCAACUUAGAAGUGACUUAGAAAAAAAAUUUAUGGUAAUCUAUAAUGCUGCUAAUGUAAGUGCAGAUUUAAAAACAAUUUUGAAGUUUUUCUCCUUUACACAGUGCGAAAUUCCGAAAUUUUUAAUUUUGCACUGUGCAGCCCAAAAUUAAGGUGAAUUUAUCAACUUUGAAGUGACUUAGAAAAAAAAUUUAUAGUAAUCUAUAGUUUUAUUAAUAGUAGUACAGCUUAAGAACCAUUAUUGAAAUUUUUCUCCAUUGCACAGUGCGAAAUUCCAAAAUUUUUAAUUUCGCACUGUGCAACCGAUUUUUUUCUUAAUUACAUAAUACGUACGGAUUUUAAUGGUAAAUAUUUUACAUAAUGACAAGUGUUUAACAAUUAGUAAGAUAAACAGCUAGGGCUUAGGGAUUUUCCUAGAUUUUCAUCUUGAAUUUUCACUUUUAAUUUCUGCACCGUGCAUAUUCCAAAAAUUUCGAAAUUCCCCAUUUUUCGUCUAAAAAAACGAUGAUUUUUCAGAAGAAGUCAAAGAGAACAAUAACAACGAGCCCCCAAUAGUUGCUGCGCCAAUUCCGGCGGUGGAACGGCCGGUUUCGCGACAUUCCUCGAGAUCUCGUCGAACCAGCGCCAGUUCGACGAGAUCUCAUCACAAUCCCGACCAUAGCGCUCAUCACAGUCCUGACCAUAGCAGUCAUCACAGUAGUCCUCGGCGACACUCCGUGGUGUCACAUCAUGACCACAGCGAGCACGAAAAAGAUGCUUCGGAUCGAAUUUCCCCGCCGCACAGUGCGGACGGGCAUAAUUCGGAGAGAGCGCAUAGUGCGGAAAGUCGCAAGAGUUCGGCACGAUCCGAGAGGUCGGAGAGAAGCGCAAGUCAUCAUAGCGAAAGACCGAACAGUCCGAGUCAUCAUAGCAGUCGGCAUAGUCAUCACAAUAGCCAGCAGAGUCAUCGGGGCCAUCAUGAACAUGAAGCGGAUACGGAAAACGAUGCCAUCUCCGACAUCAGCGACGAUGAGCCGCACAGUGAGCAUGGUCAUGUCAGUGAGAUCAGUGAGAAUGAACCGCACAGUGAACAUGGUCAUGCAAGCGAGGGAAGUGAGAAGAGUCAGACACGGACGAUUUCGAGGGGCUCUCGGAGAUCGAGCCAUGAAAAUCGCAGUCAAAUCAGCGGACCGCAUCGAGAUGUCCCGCUGGAAGCGUUAUGA